AUGCCAGCUCGUCCCAACCCCCUCAAAAUCGGCAUCAUAGGCGCCGGCCCAGUAUCCCUAACACUAGCCAACAUCCUCCAGAAAAACAGCAUUCCUUUCACCCUCUACGAGUCCUCCCCUGUAUUCCGCACCCAAGGCGGCUCCCUCGACCUACACCCCCAAACAGGCCAACUCGCGCUCAAAGAAGCAGGCCUAUGGGACCAAUUCAAGACGCACGCCCGCCCCGAAUCCGACGUCAUGAAAAUCGUCGCUGGCGAUGGCGCCGUGCUCUGGGACGAGAACACGCUCCACAAGCAAGAGGUCAGCGAGGCGGAUAAGUUCGACGGGAGGCCGGAAAUCGAUCGCCGCGCGCUGAUGAAGAUCCUGGGUGAGAAUCUGGACGGGGAGAGAGUUGUGUUUGGGAGGAAAUUGGACGAGGUUGUCCCCGCCGAGGGGGGAAAGUACGAUCUCCACUUCUCGCACGGUGGGAAAGAAACGGGAUUCGACGUCGUUAUCGGCGCGGAUGGCGCGUGGUCACGCGUGCGCAACCUGCUCACCGAGGAGAAACCAACGUACUCUGGCAUCUCCACCGUCGGCGUGACCUGCCUCGACGCUAGCGACAAUCCCUGGCUGCUCGACUACGUGGGCGCGGGAUCCAUGAUGUCCUUCGGCGAGGGCUGGGCUGUCCAGGCCCAGCGCGGAGACGGCGCGAGCCUCACAACCUACGCAUCGCUGCGCGUCCCCGAGGACUUCCUCGCCACGUGCGGGAUCGACUGGAGCGACGCCCGCUGCGCACUCCGGCAGUACGUCGACAAGUACUUCAGCCACAUCAGCGCGGACCUACAGCGGGUGAUUCUGGAUUCCGGGGACGACGUCACGCCGCGGCCGUUAUACGAGUUGCCUGUUGGUUUCACGUGGGCGUUUCGAUCGGGCGUGACGCUUGUGGGCGAUGCGGCGCAUGUUAUGACGCCGUAUGCGGGGGUGGGCGUUAAUGUCGGGAUGGCGGAUGCGCGGGUGCUGGCUGGGGAGCUUGUGGCUGCUUGGAGGGGGGAGAAGGGCGUUGAUGAGGCGUUGGGGGCGUAUGAGUUGGAGAUGCGUCCCCGGGCUGCUGGGAAUGCGAGGAAGACGUUGGAGGGGAAGAGGAAUCAUUUUAGUAAGGAUGGGGCGAGGGAGUUUGCGGAUAGGUUUAAGGCGCAUUAUGUUGUGGGGUAG